AUGGAUACCCUUAGAGUACACGAUAACCGCAUUCUACACCAACCUAACGCGAUAAAUGAUGCCACCGAUUAUAACAGUCAGGCGGCCACACUGACAGCCAUGCGAGUAGCUUUACCCUCAUUUCUCGACCCUGAUUUUCGGCGUGGACCGUUUGUCAUGACCUUUACAGACUUCAACCAGAGCAAUAUUUUGGUCGAUGAAAACUGGAAUAUCACCUGUCUCGUUGAUCUCGAAUGGGUUUGCUCAAAGCCGGUUGAAAUGUUCCACUUGCCAACCUGGUUGACGUGCAAGGCGAUUGAUGAAAUUGCCGAAGAAUCUGAGGAAUAUGGCAAGAUCCGGCAGGAGCUGGUGGAUGCGAUUGAAGCUGAGGAAGAAACACUUUUAAGCUCUAAAGUGUGUUCUAGCCAACGGAAUAACAAGCUGCGCCUAUCUACCAUAUUGAAUAAGGGUUGGGAGAAUGGAUCAUUCUGGUAUUCGCUUGGUGUGGCUAGUCCUGCAGGUAUUUGGGCAAUCUUCCGCCGCGAAAUCCAACCACGAUUUCUAGCACGGUGCCCUAGACAUGAGGGUUUUCAUAGCAUUAUGCCGUGGUACUGGAGCACGGAAUUUGUGGACAUUGCGAAGAGGAAAAUUUUGGAUAAGAAAAAGUACGAUAUUCAACUCCAAGAAGCCUUUGGGCUACAUUUCAACGAUUCCAUCGACAAGUUUAAGUCAUAA